GGCAUCUCAAACUUGGGGAUAUGUAUAUGAUAGAUCCUCCAAACAUGGUUAAAGAGCAUUUGCAAACAUUAGUUUGUGCAAUGCCAAUUCAUUUCAGGAAAAAAGAAGUGUAUUAUUGUAGAUUUCCAAGCAUAAGAAAACUGGAAGUUGUGUAUAAAGAUGUCUUAGUUCCGGGUUGCAGCGUUGGGCGAUGUUGCAGAAGUCCUAUCAUCAUUUUGGAGAAUUUUGAGGAUUUAUUGAGGUUGAAGACUCUAACGGUUAUGGUUCCAGUUGGUAGUAUAACCCUUUUAGAGCGGGUUGGUUUUCCUGCAAAUUUGAAGAAGUUGAGCUUGAGUGGGACUAAUUUUCCAGUGAAGGUUUUAAUGGUAAUUGGGCAAUUACCGAAGCUUAAAGUGCUGAAACUAAAGAAUGCUUUCUAUGGCAGAGUGUGGGAAGUGGUUGAAGGAGGAUUUCCUGAAUUAGAAGAAUUGGAGGUUGAAGCCAGAAGUCUUGAGCAAUGGGUGGUCAAUACUAAUAAUUAUUUCCCAAAGCUCCUCUACAUAUUCUUAAAACGUUGUUAUUUUCUAGUAGAGAUCCCUUCUAUAAUUGCAAAAAAGCCCGGGUUGCGGUUAAUUGAGUUGAAGCAAUGUCCUCCUUCUGUUGCCGCUUCUGCCAAGAUGUAUCAAGAAGAAAUGGGGCACAUAUUUCUCGUUACUGUUGACGGCAAGAAUUUUGCAGGAUAUCAAAUAACAGAAAAAUUAAAAGGAGAAGAAGAAGAAGAAGAAGAGGCUGUGCAAGGCAGCAGUGAUGCAAGAGGCCUCGCCGGAAAGGAAGCAGCCGACUGAAUCAGAGCCUGCCAAGGGAAAAUGUCCAGAACCUAUUCCACAGCCGUAUCUUGAGCACAUGGAAGCGAAUGGAACUAUCGGUGGAGGAGAAGGAUACUAAUGAGAUGAAGGCGCAAACUCAUAAGGAGAUCGGAAAGGUUUACACUUGCAAAAGCCAUGGUACGGGAUGAUGAGGAUAUUUCAUUCUUUACUGGACUGCUGUGUACUUGGAAAUGGGAAAGGUAUACACUUCAAUUUGUAAUUUCUGGUGUUUUUAGAAGAAAUUUGCGUUGAUUCAUUAAAUGUGAAAAAUGUAUAUAAAAUCUAAUUGUUUAUAACAGACCUUUAAAAUUUUAAAUACAUUAGUUUUUUAAGAUUAUGAAAACAGUAAUUCAUUUAUGGGGAAAAAACAAAGAAAAAGGAAUACAUAGUUGAAUGUUACCUUUUCUACAAGAAUGGUACUCUU